AAUUGGCAGAAUGAUUUACUCGAUUUCUAUACAUCUGUGGAUUUGUAUGUUGGUAUUCUUACCAUCGUGUUACGGGGAAGAGGAGUUCUAUUUUAAAGAGGAUGGUUUGAAGAUAAAAGAUACCGACUGGUACCUACAUCUAAACACCAGAGAUUUAAAUCGUCAUAUUCAAACAGUUAUCCACGAAAUUGGAAAUCGUAGAAGAGGUAUUGGUCUUUAUAUGCAAAUUGGAAGCCCGAUCCAUGGACAAUUUAUUGAUUCUCAGCUUUCCGAAGACUUAUAUUCAGUAUAUUAUCAUGCUGAAAUUAUUUCUGAAGCUUCCUACUUGAUAGGCAGUAAAGAAUGUCAAGUUUGGGGAGGACAAUGUGCCAUAGACUUAUCAAAAGUGAAACUAGACAAGACAUCAAUGGGUGAGAUGUGUUUGUCCAUGUAUUACAAUAAAACUGCGUGCAUCGGGAUGAACUUGAAGUAUCGUAGUCCUGACGGUUCUUGUAACAACUUGAAACGUUCUUUCUUGGGAAAAGCAACCACGGCUUAUAAACGUUUACUGUUUCCUAACUAUAGUAAUGAGUUUAAUGAUGUAAUGGAAUCUCAGCAUUGGUAUAUCAGACCCAGUCCUAGAAGGAUGAGCGCUGAAUUUAUCAGAGACGAGCACUCGCCAGAUGACUUCAAAACGAUGGCAAUGGCGUACUGGACAAUUUUCAUAGGCCACGAUCUAUCACACACGGCAAUCUCUAUCAUGAUUCAAAGGAAAAAACCCGUGAUAUGUUGUUCAGACGGCGGUAGUCCGCUCAUUCCUUCAGACACAAACAACUUAUGCCUGCCAAUAAAAAUAACGCGUGAAGAUCCUUUUUUUUUUAAUCCUAAACGGUACGUCGGAAAUUAUUGUAUGAACUAUGUGCGCUCGAUGCCAGCUGUGCGUUCCGAUUGUACUUUUGGAACCAAGGAACAAAUGAACCAAGCUACUCAUUAUUUAGAUGGGUCGAUGAUAUAUGGUUCGUUGGCGAAACGGACGUGGUCGUUGAGGACCAACUUGGACGGCCAACUGUUAACAAGCAUUGGCUGCGAUAACAAGAGCCAAGACGACCCGCUACAGCCGCAGUAUAUGCCACUGGAAGACACCGAAUCAAACGCCUGUCAGUAUGGAAGCGGCACGUGCUAUAGAGCUGGUGACACCCGGGCAAACGCGCUUCCUCAACUGACUGUUAUGCACACAUUGUGGAUGAGAGAACACAAUCGGUUGGCCAAACUGCUGUCCCACGUCAACCCGCACUGGGACGACGAACGGAUUUUUCAGGAGGCAAGGAAAAUCGUUACGGCGUCCAUACAGCAUAUCACUUACGCUGAGUGGCUGCCAGCGCUGCUCGGGGAAAACUAUAUCAGGCAGAACGGUCUUGAACUAUCAAAGAAAGGGUAUAGUAACGCGUACAACGAGACCACCGACCCGAGCGUCAGCAACAGCUUCGCUACCGCAAUAUUACCGUUCGCUAAUUCUAUGAUUAGCGACACCAUCAGCUUAUAUACGGAAAACCGAGAGAUCAACGCAAGUCUUUCGCUAAAAGAACAUUACAACCGACCCACUUAUUUAAUAAUGAAUUACAUAGAUCAACUUGUCAGAGGGCUAGCUACUCAAAAUACACAAAAAGUCGAUAUGCUAUUUACUGAAACGCUAACAAGUUACUUAUACACUGUUCAUCCAGAAAACAUAUUUGGAAUGGACAUUUUCAGCUUGGAUGUACAACGAACCCGUGAUCAUGGUAUUCCACGCUACACAGAAUUUAGAAAAUAUUGUAGAUUAAAAGCCAUAAGAAGUGUACAAGAUUUAUCCCAGAUCAUGGUCGAAGGUUCAACUGAUAGACUAUUGAAUCAAUACAAACAUUGGAGAGAUAUAGAGCUAUUGGUAGGUGCAUUGUUUGAGAAACACGAAGACGACGCAAUGGUUGGCCCAACGAUGAGAUGUAUCAUUAGAGAACAGUUUAUAAGAACUAGAAUGGCAGAUCGAUAUUUUUACGAUUUACCAAAAGUAUUCAAUGAAAAUCAACUGACAGAAAUCAGAAAAGUGACGCUUGCCAGAAUCUUUUGUGAUAACAGCAAUAAUGUCACAAUGAUGCAGAAAAAUGUAUUUUUGAUACCUGAAAUGGCUGAUUUGCGACCCUGUAAUUCCCAAUCAAUUCCAAAAAUCAACAUUAAUCACUGGUCAGAAAUGGUCGAUACAUUUCAAAAAUAACCUCAUACAAAACAUUGAUGUAUUUAUUUUAAAUGUUUAAUUUUUGAAAAAACAAUAUUAACGGUUAUUAAGAAUUAUUAGUUUUCAAAUUUAAUAACCAAUUAUAAACCUCUAAUCUAACUGUUUUGCAUUGUACCUAUAUUUUCAUGAUUUUAAUA